GAUAAAUCAGAAAAUGGCAGAUAACAUACCUCGUGAGUUGGACAGCUCAGACCUGGAAAUAAUCCGCUCCAUGCUUGAGGACAUGCUUGGCCCCUGCUUCGCACCACUAGACAACAUGUAUUGUCCUCAAGGUGCUACUUUCAUGGACCAGAUUGAGAAUCGGCCUCCUCUACAGUAUAUGUGCCCCAUGUCAACUGGCCCCUGCUUCGCACCACUAGACAACAUGUCUUGUCUUCCAGGUGCUUCUUUCAUGGACCAGAUUGAGAAUCAGCCUCCUCUACUGUAUAUGUGCCCCAUGUCAACUGGCCCCUGCUUCGCACCACUAGACAACAUGUCUUGUCCUCAAGGUGCUACUUUCCUGGACCAGGAGGGUGACCGAACUCAUAAAAGCUUGGGCAGUUUGGUCCUUGCAAGCGAGCGCAGACGGAGAUUACCGAUGAGCCAGGGGAACCUCAGCCUAAGCAUGAGGUGCGGCGGGCUGUGUGUGCUGGUGCUGCUUACUGGCUACACUCUUGCGCAGCAAGACAGCGACCAAACGGAUCACUUGUGUCUGAUGGCCACCAGAUUUAAGCCCCAGAGGAAGUAUCUGUAUCAAUACACUUCAGAAAGUAGGAACGGUGUGGUGGGUACCGCGAAGCUCAGGAACGGUCCCAAAGUGUCCUGCCAGGUCGAGAUCGAGGUCCCACAGACAUGUAGGUUCAUCAUGCACACCAGAGACUGCACUCUCAGCGAGGUGUCGCUCAUUGAUGCCGACGGCCAACUGGUGUACAUGCCGGCUGCAGGACAGGAAGCCUUCCAGGCUGCGAUGGCAAAGAACCCACUGAAGUUCUCCGCGGAGCCCACCAAAGUGCAUCUCUUUCCUGUCCCUGAGGAAACCACCAAUAUUCUCAACAUCAAGAGAGGAAUCGUGUCAUCCCUGAUGGUUCCUGCUCUGGAGCAGGACCAGACCAGCCUCAUGAGCACAGUGCACGGCCAGUGUUUAACCAAGUAUGAGGUCAAUGCCAGGAAGGAUAUCACCGUUGAUGUGACAUUGGUGAGGCAGCUGUCCCAGUGUGACCAGUUCCACAGCAGAGAGGCAGCAGGCAGCCCACUGGCUCUGCUGCAGAAGCUGCACCGCCCUUUAUCCAACCUGAUUGAAAGCAGUCAAAAGUGCAACUACCGCUUUGAUCACAAGGGAAAGCACAUCACGACGGCCGUGUGCACCGAGACACACUCUUAUAUUCCGUUCUCCCACAAGGAUAGUGGUAUCUCAUCAGUAGUGUCUCAAGAACUCAGCUUCCAGAGCGCAAGAAGAAUCAACAACAGAGAGUUCGAUGUGAGGCCCAGCAACAAGAGGUCCCUCCAGUUUGAAGACCCCGACGAUAAAGCUCCAGUCCAGACCAAAGAUGCCGCGCUCAGCACCAUGAAGGAGCUGCAGGCGUUGGCAGGAUCUGACCAGGGUCAGAAGAGGACGAGUCUCUUCCACAAACUGGUGUCCAGCCUCCGGACGCUGAAGAAUGAAACUCUGAGCGAGACAGUCAAGGAGAUGAUGGAGUCAUCGGCCUGGCUCACCUGGCAGGCCAUGCUGCAGUGUGGAACCUCAGAGUGCACCAGUGCCAUCCUUCAGUCCAUCUGGGCGCUGGAAGGGGUUUCUCUGGAGGCAGACGCUCUGGUCUACGGUCUCAGCCUGCAGUCCAAGUCAGACGCUGCAAGAGUCCGGGAUAUGCUCAGCAUGGCUCAGUAUAAACAGAGCAAAGCUAUCAUGUAUGCCCUGGCCAACACGGUCAAGAAGUUUUACAAAGGGGAGGUGACCCCGGAGAUUUUGGAAGUGUCGACGUUUAUGGAGCAGCUUUUGAACGACUGCUCUCUAGAGAGUGUGUUCCAGUCCGACGCCAACUUCCCGCCUGACCCCGAAGAGACGGCGUUCCUCGUUCUGAGGGUGGUUGGCGUCAUGGGCGAAGCCAUGCAGGCGGCCAGUCCAGGCCUCAUCGCCUCCAUUAUGAAGUGUGCAAAGAAGCCCAAUGUCCCACCAUCUAUUCAAAAGUCUGCUGUUCAGGCGCUUCGUCUGAUGGACGUCAAUGAUGAGGUUAAACGCCACCUGAUGGAGGUGUUCCGAAACGAUCAAGUCCCGGUGGAGAACCGCGUCGCCGCAUACCUCAUUCUGAUGAAGAAUCCCGACCUAAAUGUGAUUCGGGAAUUUUUAAGCAGCCUCAGCAACGAGAAGGACGAUCAGUUAAAGAACUUUGUGGUGUCCCACCUGAGAAACAUCCAGAACUCCAAAGAACAUCAACUGCAGCAGAUCAGAGAGUUCAUCGCUUCAUCCUUGAACGACCAGCCUCAAAACAAGAUUUUUGGAAUGUCACGCAACUUUAAGUCGGACUUACCGCUGGGCUCAGUCCAGAGCAAUGUCAUCUUUGACAGCACCAACACAUUACCCAAAGAGCUGAUGCUGGAGACCACGCUGAAGGUUUUUGACUACAACGAUAACGUCUUUGAGGUUGGUAUAGAGGGGACUGGAUUCCAACCGACAAUCGACGCCCUUUUUGGAAAGAAUGGCUUCUUCCCUGAUGCUGUAUCCAGAGCCAUGUAUUGGGCAGAGGACAGAGCUCAGAUGCUUCAAGACGUCGUGAAGAGAGUCACCCCAGAGGGAGCGCGGAUGAAGAGACAGGUGCCGCAGAAUCUUCUGAAAGACCUAUCAGGGAGUGUACAGAAACUCAUGAAAGAGCUUCGCUCCUCGCCAGUCCCAGAAGCCACAGCAUUCCUUCGCAUUUUAGGGAAUGAGGUCAGCUACAUGAAGACCAGCGAGAUGAGGAAGAUGGUUGACGCCUUGACGCUGUACUUUCACCUGUUCUUCAGGAUCCUGCCUGCCGAGGCCUUUUUAGCUCUGACUUCCAGCACCGACAACCAGGUGUUUGCACACUACAUCUUCAUGGAGAAUGGCUUUUCACUACCCACAGCAUCCGGCCUGCCUCUUAAGUUCUCACUGGCCGGGGUGUUUGCCCCUGGUGCCAAAGGUGGUGUCAUCUUCUCCGUGAAUAAGGGUGCUCUUUCCUUUAUGCCCUCAGUUGGGCUGGAACUGAUCACCCAAAUGGGGGUCCACGUUCCAGAGUAUGUGGAUUCGGGGGUCCAGAUGCACACCAACAUCUACCAUGAAAGUUCUAUCAACGCUAAGAUUGCCAUCAGCAGUAACCAGAUCAAGUUUUCCAUCCCGGCGCCCAAAUCCAACACUCAGUUGUUCAGUGUAAACAAUAAGGUGUUAUCAAUCUCUGCGGGUCAGGCGCAAAUCGUUCCCUCCUUGGUGGAAGACCGGACCGACACCACUGACUGCCGUCCGUUUGUCAGCGGCCUGAACAUCUGCACCAUAAUAAGAUACUCCAAUGCCACCUUUAUUGAUCAGGCCCCUUAUUACCCUCUGACUGGAGAGACCACUGCAGCUAUAGAGCUACAACCAACCGGAGCGGUUUCUGAGUAUUCUGCCACUUUAACUCAAGAAGCCAUCCGAGAGGGUAAAGAGCUCCGGCGCAAAGCGGAGUCUGUGAAAUUAACACUGAAAGCACAAGGUGAUGAUUCCUCCGAGGCCACAGUGUCUUUGAAAUACAAUCGCAACAAGAGUGCCAUCACUUCCGAGAUCUACGUCCCAAAACUGGGGAUUGAAACCGUCAUCAGGUUCAACACCAUGAACGUCGUGGAUCAACAAAACACCAUGCGAGGUGCCACACUCGACGUCACCAACAAGAACAUCCCGCAACUCAAACUCGUCUGCAACAUUAAGACUGAAUCUACAAGUGUGGCGAUGGUGCAACUGCAGAUGGAAGUUCCUUCUCUGAAAACAGAAGCUCUGGCCUCUGCGACUCUGCAGCUGGAGAACGACAUGGUUGUGAUCUUGGACUCUGCUGUCAAGCUCCCUGAGACUUCCUACAAUCAGAGGGCGUCAUUAAAAUACGAUGAGGACAAGAUUGAAGUGGAGCUGAAAUCAGAUUUUGAAUCUGCGAUCCAGAAACUGAUACCAAAUGCGGAUGCUCGACAAAGACACUUGCAAAAUCUCAUGGAUAACUUCCUGGACCAGACAGUGACAAAGACCGAUAUGAAACUACGACACAUCGUCUCUAAAGGAAUUGAGGCAGCUCAUAUUUGGCUGGAGAAGUUGAUGGUGAAUGGCGCCAGAGGUGUGAAUCUCAGACACAAGAGGGGCCUCUCGGAUCUCACUUUACCGUCUCUGCCCGAGAAGCUGUACCUUCACACUCACAAACUGUUCCGCUAUCAGUUCAACAAGGAUAAGGACAGAAGGUCCAUCUCACUCCAGCUGCCACUUGGAGGAAAGAGCUCGGAGGAAAUGAACUUCCCCCGAACUCUGUCAAUUCCCGCCAUCAACUUGCCGCAGAUCGGCCUCAGAAUCCCACCCCUGAGGCGGCCGCUGCCGUCCUUCACCAUUCCUCCUUCUCUGGAUAUUUCAGUGCCAAAUCUGGGCAUGGCUGAGGUCGCGGCUAAAAUUGACAGCAACCUUUACAGCUGGGAAGGUUCUGUUUCUGGGGCCAACAACACCGUCGACUUCCCCAGCUACAGCGCACAGUUCAAGGCCAUGGCUAAGUCCCCGUGUCAGUUACUGGACUACAAGCUUGAAGGUACUGGCAUGCUUUCGGAUAAAGCCGACAACAUCAGGUACGGCCUGAAUGUGCUUUUCAGCCACAGCCUCCUCGACAUGAGCUUCAGUGCAACAGAAGGUGCAAUCUCGACAGACAAGGCAAGAGCCAGGGCGAACUACAGGUUCCAAGCCUCCAGCGCCCCCAUCGGCGUCCAAGCCUCUCUGCUCUACUCCGCUAAAUCCACCGCGGAUUUCGAUUUAGUUGAAAUAUCCGGCGACGGGACCAUAGAUGGGAUGCUUAAGAUCGGUCCGCUGCAAGCCAACACUUUGUACGCUCAUAACUACGUUGUGCAUCCGCUGGAUAAAGAAGGCAGGGGAGAGUCCACCCUGCAGUUCAACUCACCACCCAUCCAAAUCAAUAACAAGAUUGAAGGAGCCUACGCCAACUCGGCAUUAAAAAUAAUCUCGAAAACAAAUACAAAUGAUGACCUUUUCAGUCAUGAAGCAGAACUCGGGUAUAAAGACUCCCAAGUGACACUGAAGUGUAACGCUGUAGCCAAAGUACUGGACCAGGUGCUGAACAACAAAGCUGAAUUUGGAUUGUCCAGACAUAUGGCUCUCGUCCGAAUUGAGUCACAUGCAGGCGAUGAAUCGCAUCACGGGCACUCGCUCUUCGUCGGGUCCCUGGGUUCCUCUGGACUGGAGCUGCACUCAGAAGGCUCCUUCAUCACCAACGCAGAUCGUGCCUUGCACAAAGCCUCUGUGGUUCUCAAUAGAAGCGGUCUGAUGACAAGCGGGAGUAACAACAUUCAGUGCAGCCUACUGACAUUAGAGAACAUAUUCAAUGGAGAAGUGAGCCGCAAUGGUGCCGCUCUGUCCUGCAAGACUAAAGUGGCAGCUGAGGAAAACGCAGGCGAGUUGAUCAUAGAGGGAAAGAUCACACCCUCAGAGGCCUCCAUUCAUGGCAGUCUGCACGGGAAUGUAAAUGGUGCCGGCAGCAGAAACAAUGCGAAACUUCAACUUGAUAAAAGAGGCUUGUUCCUCGGUGCAAACAACGUUGGGACGGUGGGUCAGUUGAAAACAGAGAGCAGCCAUUCUCUUGACAUCACUCUAUGGACUCUCACCCUGCAGUCCAGGUCAGACAACUCCAUUUGUGAUGAUGUUUACUACAAACACAACGCCAGGGUUGUUGCAAAGCCUUUUCUCGUGAGAAUGGAUGGUUCAAAUGAACUGAGGGUUUAUGACGCCAUGUUAGGCAGUGAAGGCCACGUGAAGCUUGAGCCGGUGAAGAUGGAACUCGGUGGGAGCGUGAAGGGAAACUACGGAAAGGAGUACACGUUCAAACACAGUUUUGACCUCAACUAUGACAACCUGGAAGCUGCCGUCAGAAGCGCCACGUUUGGAACCGCGGUGUACUCUCAACUGAGUCAAACAUGCGAACUUGGGAUCGCUGGAAUGUCCUUCAAAUCAAACUGUGAAGGGAGCAUCAAGACAAAGCCUGUACGUCUCAAUGCCAGAAUCCGGACCAUGGCUGAGCCUUUCAGCUUCACUGUAGACGCCCUCAUCAACGGCGACGCUGAAAUUGGACUGCAUAGUGGCCAACUGUACAACAAGUUCUUGCUGAAAGCCCAGCCCGUUGCACUUGCUUAUGCACAUGACAGCGGAAUAUCGAUCUCGCUCCAGCCCCCGAGUGGACCGCCAUGGCUCAGUCUUUUGGAGAGUAAACUCAACGGCCAUCUGUCACCACUGGACCAGGCUCUCAUCUGGAAAGUCCAAUCUAAACUGAACAAUCACGCUUAUAGCCAAGACUUGAGCGCCUUGAAUAACCCGGAGCUGACCAAGCUGCAGUUGUCCGGAGUAAUCCUGACUGAUCUGUUCAGCAGAACCGAAGUGCAAGAGUUCAGCGCGUCCGGUUUACUGCAGUACGACAAAAACAGUGAGUGCCACAUCAUCCAAAUCCCUUUUAUAGAAAAUCUACCAGUCUUUUUUGAGCAUCUUAAAGCUAAUGUGAUCCAAACCUUGGAAGAACUCCAGCGCUUCAUAAACAGCUUAAAUAUUGAUGCGUUCAUUGCCAACUUCAAAGCCACCGUAAAUAACUUUCCUACAAAAGUAGGUAACUUCAUGAAGGAUCUCAGGCUGCAAGACAGAGUUAAUGCUGUUAAAAAGCAACUUGACUUUUUCAUGGACAGGUUUUCUAUAUCCAUGCAAGACCUGGAGAAUGCAGUUUAUAAGAUGAGAAGGAACUUAGAGGCAACCGUGCUAGAUGUUGCGGCUACAUUAAAAAAUCUGGUGGCAACAGUACGGGACUAUGUGAUGAAAGGACAUCUGAAUAAGAAAAUAUCAGAUACUAUCGCAAGUGUUGGAAAUGAGCUCCAGACAUUUAAUGAGAAUUAUAGUGUCAAGAAAACGCUUCUCAGAGGACUUAACGCUCUUGAGGACAUUAUUAGAAAAGUCAAUUUACAAAAAACAGGUGGCGCCACAUGGCUGCAAGAGUUGAAUUUAAAAUAUGGAAUUCUUGACUUUAUUUCUGAACAAAUAGCAGCAAUUAAACAGGCUAUAGCACAUUUCGACGUCAAUAAAAUUUUCAGCCAGAUUGAGAAUUAUAUUGUUUCAGUGGACCUGUCCACCUUUGUUGAGCAGUUUUCCUUUCAAAUCCCGACGGCAAAAAUCUCAAAUGUCAUUGAAUCCAUGAGUGAUGUCAUCGUGAACUGGAUAGAUGAAUAUGAAAUCCCAAAUAAAUUCAAUGCAGUGUAUUUUUAUGUGCGCGACUUGCUGAAGAAAUACAACGUUGACCAGAAAUUCAAAGAUAUAAUGGAUAAAACCGUGAUCUUAAUCGAUGACUUUAAAGUGAAAGAGACGGUACAAGUGUUGUCGGAUGCUCUUAGUUCAAUAAACUUGGAAUACGUUCAUGACGCAGUUAUUCAAUCGCUUCGAAGAGUUCAAAGUCAACUAAAAGGCAUUGACUUUAAAAGAAGCAUUAAAGCGCUCAAUGAGUAUUUAUCGUCAUUUCUGAGGUCAGUGAGAGAAUUUGACUACGAUGCUUUUGUCGAUGAGGCAAACAAAAAAACAGCUGAGCUGAUAAACUAUGUGAACAAACAGAUCGCAGCAUACGAGAUUGUGCAAAAGAUCGAGGCAUUCAGGGAGUAUGUGCGAACGGUACAGAAUGCCGUGUACAAGUACUUGGAUAAACUCAAAGUCACAAAAGUAGCCGACGCCCUGAAGAACCUGAAACAAGUGAUCGACACGACCAUUUAUCAUGACAUCAAGAUGAAACUCCAGGACAUCCUUCAGGAUGCCAGAGAAAGAAUACUCAAUAUGGAUGUUCGGAAAGAAAUCUACAUUCACCUUCGCAGAAUCAGCGACUCCUACCGGAACAUUGUUAAUUCCGCUUCCGCCGACAUCAACUCGCUGAUGGAAGCGAUUGGCAGAAAGGUUGGCGACACGCAUGUCUUCAGCAACAUCAGACAGGCCAUACGGGACUUGCUACAGGCACUUAAAAGGGCAGAGAUUCACAUCCCCCCACUGGCAAUACCUUUCACUGACCUCACUAUUCCAAGGUUCACGAUCGAUUUGAAUAAACUGUCUGAGAUCGACAUCCCCACUGAGUUUACCACGCCGGAGUUCACCGUUCUGGGCUCGUACACCGUCCCCGCCGUCACGGUAUCCUUGGACGAAAUCAAAGCUAAAAUGAUAAGGUUCAUCGACCGGAUCCGAGGAUUUGAGAUACCAGCCUUCGACCCUGAAGACAUUUUUGGUGAUCUGAAAGUGCUCUACAUGUUUGACCUACCGGAUUUCACCGUCCCAGAAAUAAGCCUCCGAGAAAUAAAACUCCCAGCACCUGUCAUACCCAAAUUAAAGGUGGACAACUUUGAGAUAACCAUGCUACCGAUUCCAGAAUUCAAAUUCCCGGAGAUCCCCAGUGACAUUUGUGUUCCAGUCUUUGGCAACCUUCAUGGAGUGUUUACAGUGAACUCGCCCAUAUACGUCGUUGAAACCACCUUGAAAAUUGAAAAUUCAACAUCCUUCGCAAAUCAUCCGAAAUUUACAGCUGCUCUUACGUCUCAAGCGAAUUCUUUAUUUCCCGCCCUUCAGCACAACUUAGAAGCCAUGGCCCAGUUGGAAGCUCCCCAGAUGAAGAAGCUCCAAUUUGGAGAGAUGGUGAAAGUGGUGCACCCGUUCUUUUCUGUGGAUCAUGAAGGGUCUCUCAUGCUCACUGAGGCCUCAGCUGAUGCAUCGGCAAGAACAAUUGCAAAGGCUACAACUCGAAUUUAUGCAGCUGACUUGGUGAACGACAUCGCCCUUUCACUGAAGAAAGGAAUCUCAGCUACAAUGAACACAGUCUAUAACCACAAUGUAGACAUUGCACCAAUUGAAACGUCAAGCCUGGCGUCACUGAAACAGAAUGUGAAAGUCAUAUUGGAAUCUGACACGAUAUCCGUCACUGGGGAGACGACCGCCAAUGGGAAGCUGGCUGUGUGGGACUACUAUGAUGAAGGCGCUCACAGGAGCAACAUAGGGUUUAACUUCAAUUUCCAAACCGCCAAGUUGACUUUCGAGGGCGAAACUAACUGUCGGUCCUUAAAAUCCAAACAGACUCUGAUGGCAGAAUCUGUUUUCUUGAGCCACUUGAACGUAGACGCACAAAGUGAAAUGGAACUUCCAUUUGUUAAGAAGAGCAUAGCCGUUGUCCGUGGUGAGGCUCGUGUCGAAGACUUGAAAGUCGCACUCGCAGCCAAACAUAACGCAGAGCUCAUGAGUGGAUCCAUAUCAAACUCACUGGAAUUCAUUGCGAAACCAUUUGAAAUUGGGCUCGAUGCGACAAACAAUGUGAACAUGAAGGCUCAGUUCCCGAUGAAAUUGACAGGGAGGAUAGAUCUGCAGAAUGACUACAGUGCCACACUAAACGCAAAGAAGCAAGGGUUAUCCUGGCUCACCUUGGCAAGAUUCAACCAGUAUAAGUACAAACACAACUUCACAGCAGAAAAUACUGAAGCUGAAAUCUUCCUUCACGCGCUAGCGAAUGGAGAGGCUAACUUGGAGUUUCUGACUGUGCCAGUUUCUAUCCCUGAGAUGACUGUGCCCUACAUGGAAGUCAGAACGCCAAGGGUGAGGGACCUGUCUCUGUGGGAAGAUGCUGGAUUGAAAGACGUACUGAGCUCCCCCCAACAGUCAUUUGACAUGUACUUAAAGCUUCAUUACUACAAAAACCCAGAAAUGUACAGCAUAAAACUGCCCCUCAAACCCGUCUACAACGCCAUCCGAGACAAGUCCAACCUAUUCAAAGAAGCAUUUGCAGCGCUUAGAGACCGAGUGGUAGCACUGCUACGAGCAUCGUACCAGCAGGCUAAAUCACAAUACAGAAAACACAAAAUUGACAUGUCAAGUCAACCACCUCGGAUCCUCACCGUCCCUGGGUAUAAAAUCCCCUUGCUGAAUGUAGAAGUUUCAUCUUUUAGCGCAGAGAUGCCAGCGUUUAGCUACAUUGUCCCAAAAGACGUCAGCACCCCCGGCUUCAAAUUCCCAGCACUGGGGUUCUCAGUGCCGUCAUACACCCUUGUGCUGCCGUCCCUGCAGUUUCCUGCUAUCCACGUCCCGGAAAGCCUUAGCCAAAUAACAUUCCCCACUUUCAGACUUCCUGAUAUGCAACACGGCGUUCUGAUUCCAGCGCUGGGAAACAUGACCGGGGAGUUUUCCUUCAAAUCCAGCGUCAUCAAUCUAGGUGCCAACGUCGCCGUUCAAAACCAGCCCGACCGCGUGGCUCGCUUUGGUGCGUCGGCCGUAUCUGUGUUUGAGAUCCUGAAUGGGAAAAUUGAUGGGUCCACCAGUUUAACUCUGAAGAGAGGACUGAAACUUGCGUCUGACAUGGCUGUCGAACACAUUCACUUUAAGGGGAAUCACUUUUGCUCCCUGAUCCUCAACCGACGAGUCCUGGACACCAGCGUGAUCAAUAAAGCUCAGAUUGAGCUACCAAACCUCAAUGUGGAGUUAAAUCAAGAAUUCAGCGGGAAUACCAAAAACAAGCCAAACAUUUCCUCAAAGAAAAAAAUAAAAUACAUGUUUAAAAUCCCUCUGAUUGACACGGCCGGGAAAGGCAACCUGGAUGUCCACUGGGAACUGGAGGACCUCUUCUCCUAUGUAUCUCUGGAGACAACUGUCCUAGGGAAGUCUGACGUAACUUUUCCAGAUAAUAUAAAUUUUGCCGGAGAUUUUAAACAGGAUGCAAAUGUAUUCUUUGACGCCAGCCGCCUGAGGUCAACACUGUCCACUGUCUUUAACAUGGACAUCGAGCGACACAACAGACAGAGACGCAGCACCGACAGCAAUGUCUUCCACUUGGAUCUGACUGAGGACCUUGCUUUUGAAGUGUCCUUGCGCCGCGUCUUUGCAAAACUGGACUUCACUUGCACUAAUGACGUUGACAUUCUUCUUGACACCUACGGGAAACAUUCCGUCAAAGGAGAGUUCGAUUAUGUCCCUUUAAGCAACCUUAAAAGCCGAAUCAAUGUUGACGCGAUCCAGCCUUUUGGGGGCAACAGCAACGCAGUGUUGGUGAACAUGGAUUUGAUCAUGGGUUGGGAGAAGCAGUCCCUGUUCCUGAGCAGUAAGGAAGAACUGGCAUCACUCGUCCAUGCUGGUACCUUAUACCUGUCCAAUGAUGAAACUGAAAUUCGUCUGGACCUGAGUUCCUCUGUGGAAGGCCACUUAGCUUUCCUGAAGAGAACAGCUCUCCCUGUGUACAGGACCAGACUCUGGGAUGUCUUGAAGUUAGAUGAAGUCACUGAUAUGGACAACACACAGGCUUUAAACAUCUCCACCAGUGUUAUAUAUACCAAGUCCAUGGACGGCACGGAGUAUAGACUGCCAAGCGUGUUAUUAAAGGAUGGUGUUAAGUUCAGCCUUCCAGAGAUCAAAAUCCCGAUUCCAUCUCGGAUAAGAAAAGCCCUUCACCACACUGAUAAAUCUGAGAAAACUGACUACAUCACUCUUCCUCCGGCAGCGUCAGUUCCAGCCUUCAAGGUCCCGUUCACUGACAUUAAUGUGGAACCCUUCACCUUGGACCCAAAGAACCUCAACAUCCCGAAUGAAAUCACCACCGCACCAUUCAAAAUCAAACUUCCAGGCUUGCCGUUGAUGUCGGUGCCCAGUUUACAGAUCGAAGCAGAGUAUUUUCAACAGAAGACACCUUUCCUUUCGCUCAAGAUCCCGCGCUAUGAAAUCUCAGUUGACUCUUUCUCCCUCCCGAAGUCAGUCAGCGUUGCUGGACAGACGGUUUCCCUGGACAACAUCAUGAGCGACGCAUCAAACAUCGAGCUUCCAAAUAUCACGACACAAAAGCAGAAAAUACAAAUCCCUGGCAUCACCCUGCAUUUGCCGACAAGCAUAUUUAUUCCACACUUUGGUGCACUCAGUGCCAGCAUGAAGGUUUCCUCCCCAGUUUACAACAUGUCAGUAACAGCCGGAGUGGAAACAAAAGGCUCUGGCUUGGUGACUCAGUUGAACUCCGCCUGUUCCUCCACCGUGACCUUCUUGCAGUAUGAUCUGACUGGCACUGCCACCCUGGACUUCAGCGAUGGACUCUUCAGCCUACAUGGCAAGUGUACGUUUGUACACAGUGAUGUGAAGAUGGAUUGGCAGCAUGUUUUCGCACAAAACUUAAGAUUCAAGCGUCAAACUCUUCCGGAUUCAAAGUCCUCUUAUCAUACGCUCAACGUUGACAUUAGCAGUCCAACUUUUGCGGAUGCGAACUUCCGCUUUGCUUCCCGGAAAGACGGCGUCAUCGCGUCUGUGUCGUCUCCAUCGUCCGGCUUCCUCGGGAUGCUCCUUCAGAGGCGGUCUCCAACACUGCUGUAUGGAAAACUGUUCGGCCGCUAUCUGGCAUCUCCAGCGAAGGAUGCUGAUGUUUUCACUGCCAAAGCCACUCUGAGAGACCCUCAGAAGCUGGUUCUGAACACGGCCUGGGAACUGGACAUUCUUCAUCAUGUCAUUGAGGGCACAAAGGACAGGGUUCCUGCUGUAACCGAGGCGCUGCUUAGUUGCAUUAACAAGUAUCAUGUUGAGCACUUUGGCUUUGAUGUCCAGCAAGGCGCCAGUAAGUUUAAACGUGCCAUCCUCCGAUCCAUCGAUGGCACGUUCUACGAGUCACCGAUCACUGCUGAGUCUCUUCGGAACUUCGUCACGUCUGUCUGUAAACACGCAAAGAUCUGGUACGUGAAAGCAUCCAACCUCUUGAUGUCCUUGAACCUGCAGGAAGCCAUCCGUAAUUUAGACACGCUGGUGGAUGAUGCGGUAGAAGGCGCCACAAAUAUCAUCAGCGGACUGCUGGAUAGACUUUCCAGCUUUCUGAGGAACAUCAGAGUCACACUCCCGGGAUCUAAAGAGAAGAUGAGUGCUCUGGACGUUAUCCGCCACGUUCAUGCCGUGGUAAAGAAGAUUGUCGAUCAAGCCGUUCUAAGAUUUCAGAGGUUUCAGGCCAGACUUCGUGAGUCCACCCGUCAUAUUCAGUUCAACAUAUUUGGAAUUGAUGUGCAGGUCAGAGGAGAUGAGGUGGAAGAGAAAGUGAAGCAGGUGUACAGUGAGGUGACGGGCCCGCUUGCCAUGUUGCUCUACGGUGGAGCGCUCAGGCUGGAGAACAUCUUCAGGACGGCAGUCGAAAAGGCUCAAAACCUCAUUGACUUCCUGAAUGAAAAGAAUAAAAACCUUGCUCCGAAGGUCGACCAACUCUGCUCAAAGUCAAUUCGGGAUAUUGAGGAGGCCAGACGAGACGUGGUGACGUUUAAAAAUCACAUGAAAGUGUCGGUUCAGGAGAUCUUUGAUUCGCUGACUGUCGACCAUCUCAACAAUAACACCGUCGAGGUCAUUGAUGUUUUUCAGUCACAUUUGUACGGAGGGUUGAAUGAGUACAUCGAUCUGGUGAGGAGAGCAUCACAUAGCGCAGAGCCCUACGUGAGGAUGACCAACAAAAAGAUGGACGUUGAAGUUCCUCUGCCUUUCUUGUGGAGGUCUUUCAGUCAGUGGCCGACUGCUGAGUUGAUCAGAAGCUCUGAGGAGGAAAUGUGAAUGCUGGUGUUUCUUCAUGUACAUGAGGUUUUUGAAUUGUUUUAUUUGGCGUCAUUUGCAGCAAUUUUAUUCCAUAACGCCUCAAUAAAAAUGAUUUAAAUGUG